UUGGCACAACUUGAAAUCUUUAAGUCGCAGGCUUCUUUGUGGGACUGUUUAUUUGGAUGAAAUCAAUCAACUUUUUUUGCCCAACAUGAAAAACAAACUUCUAUGGUUUUAUCAAGAAGUCGAUGAGCCCGAACCGCAAGCUGUGCAGGAUCCCAACAAACCAGGACCAUCACGGAGUGGCAUCGCAUCGAGUAGCUCAAAGACUCCGCAGGGUUCCUCGCCUAGCGGAUCUGCGCCGUCAAAACCAAAGAAAUUGUUUCUCACAGAUGGAUGGAGUUGUGCUUUCACCGGGAUUUGCAUUUACAUAUUUCGCGUAAACACUUCAAAACAAUUGCCCGAAGAAGGCUUCCAAAAGGAUCUAUACUGCGGUGUUAUUGAUGCCAAAAACGUCGGUCUGGUCACCUCGAUUGAGCGCAUCGUCGAAUAUGUCUUCAUGCAGGCAUUGGCUUUUCCCAGCUUGGAAGGCGAUGAAGAGGAUGUUAGCUGCGGUCUGAUAAAAGGACAAUUGCUGCCGGGCCUAAGGUCCUUCUGCAGUGCUCUGCGUGUUUGUGAGCAAGUGUGCGAUCAUGUGAAUAUAUUCGACGAUAAAUGUGAUAUGUUUGAGAAGAUCGAACACGUUGAGGAGGUCAAGGAUAUGGCAAAGAAUCAGGAGUUUUGUGGGCAGCUGGAAGAGCGUGUAAAUAACUGGAUAAAGGGUAUCAUGAAGAUACUAGGUGAAAGUGAACAGUUACGCAAGGAGAAUGACUCGAGCGGCCCGCAGGAUGAGUUGGAGUACUGGAAGAAGCGUGGUGCGUUAUUUUCGCAACUGUUGGCACAUUUGCAGGACCGUGAGGUGCAAUAUACGUUGCACUGCCUCUUUUUGGCUGGAUCGCGGGUUAUGCGCGUGUGGAAAGAGACCGAUCGAAAGAUAACAUUUUGCUAUAAUGAGGCGCGUGAUAAUUCGAAAUUCAUUCAGGCUAUGGAAACUUGCUGCCACUCUUUGUAUUUGGACGAUCCGGUAUGCAUGAAACAAUCGAUACUCAGCUUACUCCAAACUGUGCGACUCAUCUACAGUGUUUCUCAAUUUUACAACACUUCCGAGAGAACCUCAUCACUUAUGGUUAAGAUCACCAAUCAAAUGAUAGAAACCUGCAAGUCCUACAUCACUUGCCGUAGUAAGGAGACAAUUUGGUCUCAAGAUCGCAAUGUUAUUCGCACAAAGUUAGGCAAUUGCAUCAAGCUAAACCACAUAUACCACGAGACCUACUACACCGUUAGAGAGCAACCAUUUUUACCCAAUCAAACACCGUUCGGUUUCUCGGAAAAUUUCGUUUUUGGAAAGUUUGAUACAUUUUGUGAUCGCCUGUCGAAAAUCAUUUCCAUGUUUAAUCUAAUCGAUGAUUACAACCAUCUAUUCGAGCGCCGUUUGGAGGGUCUACUAUUAGCGGAAACACUCCAAGAUGCCAGUAACCACUUUGAAGAGGCCAAGAAGGAGAUCUUGUCGAAGAAAUACGAUUACUUGGAUCACCGCAACGGGGAAUUCAAUGACGAUUUCGAACGCUUCAUGAACAAAACCGACUCAUUGAAAGACACCAUCGCCACUCUUAUCGAGACAAAUUUCGACACCGUGUGGGAGACACCGCAAUGCAUUCGCUUCUUAACUCGCUUUGAGAGGGUCAGUGAGAAGAUACCGCUCAGUAAGAUGGAUGAAAAAUAUGUGCGCAUCAUCAAGUAUGUGGAUAAAGAAGUGGACCGGGUGAAUAAGAUGUUCAAAAAACAACGUGACGACCCGCCCGUCUGUCGAAAUUUUCCACCGAUCGCAGGUCGUAUUCGUUGGAGUCGCGCUUUGGAUGCGCACAUGAAAGAACUGAUGGACGCUGUACUGGAGCACCAGGUGCUAAGUGGUCUACCUUUGACGAAAGAUCUAGAAAAUCGCUACAACAAUGUAACCGGAAUGCUAAGGGAGUAUGAGGAAGAGAUCGUAUCUAUAUGGCUGGAUCAGGAUGUUAGCGUAGCCGAUGCAUGCCUCUUACAGCCUCUCUUGGCCCUGCAAGGCGACCGAUUAUUCGUUAACCUGCAUCCCACUAUACCGCUGCUGAUACGCGAAGCCAAGAUGUUGGCCAAGCUAGACAUUGAAUUGCCCAUUGUUGCCGCCACAUUGAUGAGUCGCCAAAAGUACUUCACCAACAUACAGGACUCAUUAAAUUGUUUGAUUAAAAUGUUUUUGACAACUGUGCGUGCCGUUAAAUUGGAAGUGCGUCCAUUGUUUCUGCCGCAAUUGGUGCGUCUGACGGCAAUGCUGAAACCUGGCCUCCACACUAUAAAUUGCCAUCUGAUGGAUAUAAGGAAGAAGGAGGAUGAUAAGAAAGAUCUGCGUUAA